AUGGCUUCUGUCGAUAUUGCGCAGAACCCGGUGCCGGUACACAUAACAAACAACGACACGGCCGACAAGGUUAAAGUGGUUCCAAAUCCAGAUACCACACUGACUUCUUCGCCCCGGGACUACGAAGAUUCAGACACGAAAGUUCAAUCUGAUGAACAGGCAUUGCAAGAUAACGGAGAGUUGUUGGACCACUCUGCAAACUCGGAACCAAACAACAUGGCUAAGCAUCAUGGCAAGUCCUAUGCUGCCGCCGUCAAGAGCGGUGGGAUUGAAGAGGACGAGAAGAUAACUAACGGAAAUUAUGUACCUUACCCCAACCUCACAAGUGAGCUGAAGCGAGAAGCACACGAGAGAGAGGCUUGGAGGGCGGGUGGCAUUCGAUUCGCUCCGCUGCGCGUGCCUUUCAAACGUCGGAUGCAGACCGCAGCGGUUUUGUUUCAUUGCAUGUCCAUCGUUGUAUUAGUGUCGUGCUUCUGGUUCACUUGUGCGAACCCUCUGACCUGGCCAAUCCUCGUCCCCUACCUUAUUCAUCUAUCAUUCUCCAAUGCUGCGAUGGACGGCAAACUUGCAUACAGAUCUGAAUGGCUUCGAUCGUUACCGCUCUGGAGGCUAUUUGCUGGAUACUUCCCCGCCAAGCUUCACAAGACAUUUGAUUUGCCCCCCAACAGGAAGUACAUAUUUGGUUAUCACCCGCACGGGAUCAUUUCCCAUGGUGCAUGGUGCGCCUUCGCGACCAAUGCACUUGGCUUCUCGGAGAAGUUCCCUGGCAUUACAAACAGCCUGUUAACACUUGAUUCCAAUUUCCGCCUUCCAUUCUACCGGGACUGGAUCUUAGCAAUGGGUAUACGGUCUGUUUCGAAGGAAUCCAUCCGCAACACCUUGUCCAACGGGGGAUCGAAUAAGGAUGGACAAGGCCGAGCAGUCACAAUUGUCAUUGGCGGAGCUCGAGAAUCUCUUCAGGCACAGCCUGGGACCCUCCGUCUAAUUCUGAAAGGGCGAAAAGGAUUCGUCAAGAUGGCAUUGAGAUCUGGAGCAGACCUGGUGCCAGUAAUUGGCUUUGGCGAGAAUGACCUAUAUGACCAACUGAGCCCGAAAACUCAUCCUAUGGUCCACAAGAUCCAAAUGAUUAUUCUGAAGGUAUUCAAAUUUACCAUUCCUGCUCUGCAUGGUCGCGGCCUGCUCAACUACGAUGUUGGUUUGAUGCCUUAUCGUCGAGCUGUCAAUAUUGUCGUGGGCCGACCGAUAGAAAUCAACGAGCCCCUUGAAGAUCAGCCAUCUCAAGACACCAUUGACAAAUACCACGAGCUGUACGUGGAGGAAGUGGAACGGCUUUAUGACGCUUACAAGGACAAAUUUUCGAACUUCAAUACCGUGCCAGAGUUGCGCAUCAUCUCCUAA